CCAAACCUCUCGAACAAAUUUCGGAUCAAACACUUCAAAAUCUCUCCAAAUCAAGUCACGUGAUAGCAUCGCCAUCAAACACAAGAUGCUGCUUAAGCCGGCGUCGGAGGCGGCAGCGCUGGACACCAUCCGGCACCUCCUCCUGGACGAGCCGGCGGCGGCGGCGCCGCGGCCGGUGUACUGCCGGAGCACGAGCUUCGGCAGCCUCGUGGCGGACCAGUGGAGCGAGUCGCUCCCGUUCCGCCCCGACGACGCCGACGACAUGGUAGUCUUCGGCGCGCUCUGCGACGCCUUCUCCCGUGGCUGGCUCCCCGAUGGCUCCUUCGCCGCGGUCAAGCCCGAGCCCCUGGCGUCACCCGACUCCUACGAUCACGGCCCCGGCCCCGGCCUCGGCAGCUUCCUCGCGUCGUCUGAGGAACCCGAGACGCCCACCGAGGUGGCGUCGACGAUGACGCCGGGGAGUGGAGAGGCCGCGGUCGGGGCCUCCAGGGGGAAGCACUACCGGGGUGUCAGGCAGCGGCCGUGGGGCAAGUUCGCCGCGGAGAUCCGGGACCCGGCCAAGAACGGUGCGCGCGUGUGGCUCGGCACGUUCGACAACGCCGAGGACGCCGCCGUGGCGUACGACCGCGCCGCCUACCGCAUGCGCGGCUCCCGCGCGCUCCUCAACUUCCCGCUUCGCAUUGGCUCCGAGAUCGCCGCCGCGGCCGCGGCUGCAGCCACUGCCACAGCUGUGGGUGACAAGCGGCCGUCCCCUGAACCGGCGAGCUCCAACUCUUCCCCUUUUUCUCCCUCCUCCUCCUCUGGGUCUCCCAAGCGGAGGAAGAGAGGCGAGGCCGCGGCCGCGACCAUGGCCAUGGCCCUGGUGCCGCCCCCGCCGGCGCAGGCUUCCGUGCAGCUGACCCUUCCGGCCCAUCCGUGGUUCGCCGCCGGUCCGGUUCAGCAGCUAGUGAGCUAAGUGGCGAUGCAUCAACCGAUCGUGCUUGCGAGAAAAUUAGCUGCUUGAUCAAUUGAGCUGAGUGCAAGAACAGAGCAACAAGAGGCGCACCGAACUCAUUGCUCCAAGAAAUGUGUGUGAGGAGCUCGAGGAACUCAUGCCAUCGUCAUCAGGAAUUCAGGAUGUUCCUGGUUUCGCCUGGAUUUGUUCCUCAAUGUCUGUUAUAGUGAAAUGAUGUAAAGAAAUAUGCUAUCUUGUGAGAAAUUAGCGCGGUGUUCUGAGAAGCUUGCAACGUAGAAUCAGAGUCGUAUUGGCGGCGUCAUGACAUCAUUACAAACUGACGAGUGGAAAUCGGAACCUUCGUUGUGAGAGCUAGUUAGUCCUGGUGCAAGGCUGCAUCAGCAUUCGUAGAACGGAAUGUUACUCUUUGUUCUUUGGUGUCACGGUGAUUCCUUUCAUACUUAUGAAAAAUGUGAUUCCUUUCAAACUGACA